AGCUGCUGUAGCUGGCCCAACAACUCAAGUACUGGAGGGCCGCGCGAAGGGCUAUUGCCACCUCCUAGAGAUGGGGCAAGGCUUGCCAAAGGCCGUCACUUCAGUGGCGGUCAAGCGAGUUGGUGGCACUGCCUUUCGAGUUGGUUUUGCAGAGAUGAACGGAUGGCGCCCCAGCAUGGAGGAUGCCCACGUCAUCUAUGCCCAAGACACCUGGGGCUUCUUCGGAGUUUUCGAUGGUCACGGAGGUGAUCAAUGCUCCGGCUACAUAGCCAGACGGAUCACCGAAGAGUUGACUUCCGGCGGAGUGCCGAGCGACGACGCGGCGGUCACCGCCUUGGCAUUCCGCUUGGACAAGGAGUUCCUCGACUCCCAGCAGCCCAGCGGCUCCACGGGCACCUUUGUGAUCGUCAAGGCACCAAGCACACCCGGAGGCAGCUACAGCCUCCGGGUGGGGAACAUCGGCGAUAGCCGCGUGCUCUUGGGCAGGGCAGAUGGCUCCAUCUUCCCGGGUCCUGGCACAGACAGUGGCCUCACGACGGACCACAAGCCGGACCUGCCCAGCGAACGUGCACGAAUCGAACGUACCGGCGGGAAUGUGCAGGAGGUGAUGGGCGUGGCGCGGGUGAACGGCGACCUAGCUGUUAGCCGUGCUUUUGGCGACGCCCAGCACAAGACGACGGGAGGUCCAAACCCUGAAGACCACCCUGUUUCCGCCGCGCCAGAGCUCAAGGAAUUCGAAUGUGGGCCGAGUGACUUCCUCAUGCUGGUGUGUGAUGGCAUUUCCGAAGGCAACUUCCCCAACGAGGCAGUUGUGAAACUGGCGGCUGAGAAGCUGAAAGCCGAGGGCAAGCCUGACCCGGCUCAGGCUGCCAUCGCAGUUUGCCACGAGGCCAUCAAGUGUGGAUCGAAGGAUAACCUUUCUUGCAUGAUUGUCCUACUCGGGGGCGGCGAGGUUCCAGGAGAGCAGGUCGAGUUUAUACCGGGUCCUUUUGAAGCACCUGACAAUCCAGCAUUCCGAAAGGCAUAUUCUGCAAUGGCUGAGCAUGCUGGCCUGUCACUGUCGCAAGCGCUAGAGAAGCGCUUCAGUCGCUGCAAGUCUGAACUGUCUUUGGCGGAUCCUGCGUCGGAGGCUGCAAAGGAGCUGAAGCUUGAGAUUGGGCAAUACGGCAGUGGCCCUCCAGAAGAACUGCAAGAAGGCUCCACCGAGCGCGUUGACUGGUUCAACAACUGGCUGGAGAGCAGCAGGAAUAGCACAGAGAAUGCGGGCUUGGGAGACGGAGCUGAGCCCGAGGGUGGUGGCAUGACACGUGACCAGCUAUGGGAGAUGCUGCAAAGCAAUCCGCGUUUGCGAGAUAUUGCAGAGUCAUCUGGCUUAGGUUUGGACAGGCUCCUGAUACAAGACCGCGAGGAGCCGAUGAGGUCAGUGAGAGUUGCCAAGCUGGAGGAAUUGAAGCCAGCAGUCGAAGCGCACUCGGCGUUGAAGUGGGAUGACCGCCUGGCAGAUGCCUGUGGCUGCGAGGGGAUUGUGCUCAAAGAUGAUGAGUCUGAUGGAACAGCACAGGUGAGAUUUCCACCACCUCUGGGCUUCAAGGCAUGGCUGCCCACCAGCAUGCUGCAAGAUCUAUCGCAGCCCUGCAAGCGAGUAAAGGCAUGUGAGAAGGAGCAGCUCAAAGAGGCCGUCGAGGCGCAUAGCGCUUUGAAGUGGGAUGAAAGACUGGCAAAGCUCAGUGGUGAAGAAGGUUUGGUGAUCCAGCAAGACAAGGAGGAUGCCACUUUGCAGGUCCGGUUUCCUACCGUGUCGCUGACCGCCUGGCUGCCGGAGUCUACACUCACCUACAUCGAGGAAAGAGAAGCCGGAUCGGAGGCGCCAGAGAAUGAGGGUGAAAGAGCGGGCUGAUCGGAAGCCCAAGCUGAUCUGAGGUCCCCAGCGCAUUUGCAGUGCAGCAAUCCAAAGUUUGCUCUGCGCGUGCCCUGGGGAGCCUUUUGUGAUCUCAAUUUCCGUCUCACUUGUCAGUCAAACGGGCAAUGGCAAUGGGCAGUGCAC